AUGACAAGCAGCGCCAUUGCGCACACUACAGCAAACGACGCAGCGCCAGAGAAGCCGAAUUGGUCCUCGACCGGCUCGCUCGAGACGCAUGAUGAUGGUUCUCACAUUCUGCACUGGUCAGACUGGGAUGCUGGCAGCAGUAGCUGCAGCAGCAGUGCAGCAACAAGCGAAAACAGGAGGGAGGUGUUCUUGGCAUCUCUGAGACGGUGCAUGACCAGCACUGGCUUCUUCUACCUCGACGGCUCUCCCCUCGAGGCGCUCAGGGAAGAGCUUUUCCGCGUAACGGCAGCCGUCUUCGCGUCGCCCGCGUCAGAAAGGAAUCAAAUCCUCAUGGUGGACUCGCCGCACUUUAGAGGCUAUUCUCCCCUGUACGAGGAGCAAACGCAGGGCAAAGCGGAUCAGAGAGACCAGAUCGACUAUGGACCUCAGGUUGAAGGAAGACCCAAGGCGGAGUUUGCCCCUCAUCGCCUGUUGGGCCCCAAUCAGUUCCUCCCAGACCACGUCCUUCCCGGCCAUCAGUCCAUCAUCCUGCAGUAUACAAGGAGAGCUCAAGAGCUGUCCGAUCAGCUCACAACCGCUCUCGAGCUUGCCCUCGGAGCGCCACAGAAUGCUCUGCACCAGUUCAUGAAGAGCGAGCAGAACGAUUCGUACUUCAGAAUGAAGACCAUCAGGUAUCCAAAUGCCCGUGGUGGCGGCGAUCAGGGAGUAGGUGAGGGCCAUCUCAGCGUCGACUUCGUGUUCCGCAAGCCUGCCCUGCGGGAACGUUCUGUGCUCACAUGCUGCCACCACUGCACCGUCGCAGGAGCGCACAAAGACGGAGGCUGGUUGACUCUGCUCGCCACGACGCCGGCCAAAGGACUGCAAGUCCAACUAGCAUCGGGCGACUGGGUAGACGUGCCGCACAGAACUGGCGCAAUCAUCGUGAAUGCCGGUCAACAGAUCGAGCGAGUGACGCGAGGCCUUCUAGUAGCAGCGACCCAUCGCGUCUUCGCAGAUCCCACCGUGGGCGAACGCCUCUCGGUGAGUGCUGCGCUCUUCGAGACGCAUACAUACUUGAAUUCAAGCGAUGACUGACAGGCCCUUUUGAUACACGUUCUAAAGGCUCCCUUCUUCAGCAUGCCCGCGCUAUCCAAGGUAGUACGACCGCUACCUCUAGACUCGCUCUCUCCUCAGUUCAGAGCCGCUUUCGAAGCUGCCAAAGCAGCUAGAGGCGGCGACGAUGUAAAGAGCGACGUCCCACGAGGAGAUUUAUGGGGUGGCGAAGAGGAGCCGUUCGGUAAGCUCGCUUGGCGAGGCAUUACGCGAAGUCAUUGUAAGUGCGAAGCGGCAAUGCCCCUGUAAGAUCUUGCCCGAUCUGGCUCUCUAACGUUGUGAACACUUGCAAACGUCCCUCGCAGCUCAGGUCGUGGAUCGAUGGCAUCGAGACGUAGUUCCUCCUACUGCAUCUUAG